ACAUACAGCAGUACUGUGUUUGCUCUGUGGCGAAGAUAAGGGUUACAAUACACUAUUUUAAUUCCCUCAGGCUACUCUGGGAGAUGUAGAGUCCUAUAUGUCGUCUUUAUAUUCUGACAGUCAAAUAGUGUACAUGUUAUACGCCAUUAUGAAAUAGUGUAUCAUCAACGUACGGUUUGUCUCAUUCUGCAACAUUUGCCUACUUUUGUUUGUUCCGAUCAGCUUAGCGUUACUUGGUUAUGAACUGGAAAUCAAGUUACUUAAAAUCGUAUCGUGUGAUUCCGGCUAGUAAUGCGCCUUUGAAAAUAAAUAAAUAAACUAGAAACUGGUUUAAAUAGAAUACAGUAUUAUAUUUGAUGGCUUUUUAGCGGUAUUCUAGUGUGUGUUCAAACAUAUAAACAUCGCGUGGCAUGGUUAUAGUUCCAAAAUAAAUAGGGGAAAAGAUUUAUUUUGUAAGCGGAAGUGUGCUGUGCUUGUCCGGGCGUUUUCGGCCUGGAUGGGAUCGUGGCAAACGGUUUUGGUGGGGCCGAUAUGGAGUCCAGUUCAGACCAGUUUUAGCCUUCUGAUUUUGUCUCUAUUGUCUUCGUGGUGAUGACGAUGGGGUACAAAACACUACCAGCAGGAACAUCUACAACUAACUUCACAUUAUUUAUUACACAUGAGAAAAUACGCAUCUGUAGCCUCCCUUCCCCCUCUCCUGCCAGACAAGUGAAGCAUCCUCUCCCACUCGGCUGGGAUGGCGCCCACUUUGGCCACGGCCUUCGCCCGCCGUUGGUGGAUGGCGGUGACGGCAGUCGUCGAGAGCCUGCUUUUCUCCGCUGUGCUCCUGGGCUGGGGAUCCCUGCUCAUCAUGCUCAAGUCAGAGGGCUUCUAUUCGUACCUGUGCAAAGGGCCUGACAGCAACAGCUCCAACUUCAGUUCCUCCAACACGUCCGACGCAGAGGAAUACCUGGAGAUGAACGGCUGGCAAAUCUGCAAGGACCAGGAUGAGAUGCUAAACCUGGCCUUCACUGUAGGCUCCUUCCUGCUUUCGGCCAUCACCCUGCCAAUGGGCAUCGUCAUGGAUAAAUAUGGCCCGCGGAAACUGCGACUUCUGGGCAGUGCCUGUUUCGCUUUCUCCUGCCUCCUCAUCGCCUACGGAGCCAGCGAUCCUAACAGACUGUCCAUCCUGAUCUUCUUUGCGUUGGCCAUGAAUGGAUUCGGAGGCAUGUGCAUGACUUUCACUUCUCUGACGCUUCCCAACAUGUUCGGUGACCUCAGGUCUACCUUCAUCGCCCUGAUGAUCGGAUCCUAUGCCUCCUCUGCUGUUACUUUUCCUGGGAUAAAGGUGAUCUAUGACCUAGGUGCUUCUUUCAUCUCCAUCUUGCUGGUUUGGGCCGGUUGCGCGUGUCUGGUCUUCCUAAACUGCUUUAUCAACUGGCCUCUAGAACCCUUCCCUGGCCCAGAGGACAUGGACUUCACAGUGAAGAUCAAGUUCAGCUGGCUGGGAUUUGACCACAAAAUCACAGGGAAACAGUUUUACCGGCAGGUGACCACUGUGGGGCGCCGCCUGAGCGUCAGCAGCUCGGCAAAGCCGCAACACCUGCCGUCCAAAGACCUCACGUCACAGGAUGCCAGCAAGAUGUGCCUGUCCACUGUUGACCUGCAGGUCAUGUGCAAGCCGCCACAAGAGGAUCAGACGUUCAUGAAGUCUGUGUUGAGCCCCAUCUUCCUUCUGAGCCUCAUCACCAUGUGCGUCACCCAACUGCGCCUCAUCUUCUACAUGGGCGCCAUGAACACCAUCCUGGAGUCGCUGACAGAGGGGGAUCUCAGCACCGUAAGCACAUACACAUCCAUCUUCGGCGUGCUACAGCUAUUGUGCCUGGCGACCUCCCCGGUGAUUGGCUACAUCAUGGACUGGAGGCUGAAAGACUGUGAGGAUGAAAAUGAUAAGAGUGCUGUGAGGGACCCUGGCCAGCCUCGUCGGCCGGACAAAAAUAUUCAGAAGAUAGUCAACUCCACUCGAGCCUUCAUCUUUACCAACUUACUCCUGGUGGGCUUUGGAGUCACUUGCAUCGUGCCCAACCUCCCACUUCAGAUUUUGUCUUUCAUCCUACACACAAUUGUCAGAGGCUUCAUCCAUUCUGCAGUUGGAGGCCUCUACGCUGCUGUGUACCCUUCCUCUCAAUUUGGCAGCCUGACAGGCAUGCAGUCUCUGAUCAGUGCUCUGUUCGCCUUGCUCCAGCAGCCGCUAUUCAUGGCCAUGGUGGGACCAUUGGAGGGUGACCCCUUAUGGGUGAAUGUGGGCCUCUUGGUGCUGAGCAUGCUGGGAUUUUGUCUCCCCUUCUACCUGAUGUGUCACAGCCGACACCUGCAGCGUCUCAGAGACGAGCGUAAUGACGACCCGAAGAUUUACGUCAAGAUGGAAAACGGCAGCAAGAUUGAAGCCUAUGUUUAGAAUGAGGCAUAGCACGGAGAGGAGGAUAACUUCCACAAACUGACUGAGAUGAACUACGCAGAUGACAAGAAGAAAAGAGACUAGACGGGAGUGGCAGAGGUCAUUUGCCUCUUGUGGGAACUCCAUACUGUUGCUGUGCGGCGCCUCUCUGGGUUUUUCACUGUCCUGAACGUGCACACAAUCACAAACACAGUCACUAGCUAACUGUGUUUCCUCGCACCACUUCACAUCACCAUCACUGACAUUGAACACUGUGAGAAACUGGAUACACACAAAGACAUGCAGAGGCGCACGUCAUUUCAAGAUCACUGGUUGCACAAAUGUAUCACUGACGUGAGCGGUAAACAGCGACAGAAAGCAACAUUGGCUGUAACAGGACUUGCCUUUCGACCUCUUUUAAUUUUCAUCCAAAUCAGACUCUGCCUUGUUAUUGCUCAGGCUAUUCUCCUAUUCAGAGAUUAUAACAGCACCCUAAACGGAAGCCCCAGUGCACAGAUUUAACAGAAGAGAAAAUGAGUACUGGGCUUUGAACCUACUACACUAAACGUAUAACCAUGAGGACUUCUGCUUUGGAACUCGUGUGCUCUCACAUAACAAAAGCUGGAGUCCAAUCUCACGUAUAAUACACAUUCAAAGUGAUGUGGCUCAAGUAAUCUUUUCUUGCACUUGAGGGGAUUAAAAGAAAACACAGACAGCAGUAUUGGUAGAAGUAUGUUAGUUAAGUCACGCCGAUGUUAUGCAGCGUAAAAAAAUGUUUUCACUGCAAGUUAGAGACUCAGACUGCUGGCUGUGUUGUGUUCAAACUGUCUGCCUGUCUGGAGACUUUGUAUUGCCACAUAAUAUCCACAUUUUAAAAUGUGCUCUUUUUCUUUGAUGUUUUACAGGAUAUUGUUCAAUCAUUGUUCCUUAUAUAUGUCACAAUCAUGUCGGGUUUAAGAAAAGCAGACAAGAAAGAGAUGUAUGCGUAGGCGUGGUGUGUCGUUCGACCGCCACAUCAUUUGUUAGUUUGGCUCAGCUGUAGCAAUAAGUGCCUCUGUGAGUUGCCAGCCAAUCACAGAUGUCAGGCAACAUACAUUUGUUGACAUUUUUGCGGUACUCUACGUCAUUGAAAUGCAGCAAGAGGAGAAUCUGAAAUCAUUUUACAUGCUGUAUAUUUCCUUGGUUUCCCUUCCGUUAGUUUCUAGGUAAAUCCUGUUAAAGCAACAACAAUGCAUAUACACUCACAUCUAGAGAUGCAAAGGGAACAUAAAGUCUGAAUAUGAGCAAUAGAAUCUGAAGGGAUGAGAAGAAAAGCUACAAAUGUCUCAUGUUGACAAUCAAAAUAUGUCUGUCAUCUAUCUGGCGUUAACUCACAGAGGCACUUGAAAAGAUGGCCAUCACCCUAAGAGUGCCUCUCUCUAUGUCCAAAUAUUGGAGGAAGUAAUGUGUCUCACCCUUCUGACCUUCCAUCUCUUGCUUCCAUCCAUCCAUUUAUCCACCCAUCAGUCCGUCUUUCCAUUUAAUGAAAUCUCAUGACAGUAGACUGAGCUGAGAGACAAGCCUCUGCCGCGUUAGAUGCUUCCUAUGAACGACUCAACGAGAAACCAAUGGCACACGAUGCACUUUAGAGCCCUACAACGGAUCUGUAUUCCUCUAUAGUUUCGCUCCUGUAUGGCGCAAGAAUGAUGCUCGGCUGCUGGCUGGUGGUGCAUGUCGCAAAAGAAUGUAAAAUAGAAAUAUGGGAACACAAAGACAGACUUAUUUUUGUAUAAACACACACAAAAGAAUACAUUUCAUAGCAUGAGCAAUACAUUGAGUUUAUGUGCAGCAUUGGGUUUAUGUGCAGGGCACAACAUGAGUCUUGCCUCUCAGCUCAAGAAUGUCCAUCUCAACAGAUUGGAGGCCUUUUUAAGUUCGUAAGUGUUUGCAAACUUAAAUUUCAGUGGCUAUAUUUACGUGACCAUAAAAAUGACUUAUCCGCUGGCUUUUUGUUCAGCAUGCAUGGGUGCUAUAUUUAUGUGAAUGUAACAUAAUUUUGUAAUUGUAAGGCUCUCGCAGAUGCCGAUAUGUAAAAAAGAGAAAUAUAAGACGAGAGAGCAACUUAGAAUAAUGCAGUUUUCACAUUAAUAUAGCCAUUGUCUUUGGGUUGCUGGUUUUUCAAAGCACAUUUUUUUUGUUUGGGCCAGCCAGUCCACACGUCCACUGCCCCCCUCGCCCCCUCCCCACCCACAGACUUUCUUUAGUUUCAACCAAUAGCAUAUUCAUCUUAGAAGCUUUUGUACUAUUCAGAAAUUGUAUGCACAGAAAAUGUCUUACGAUCAGCAUCUCCUACCAACAUAAAUUUUUCACGUGGCACUUCAUUCUAAUCUUUUCUUAAUGUUUUCAAAGAGAAAUGUUACACUGAGUGAUGUGUUGUCAGGUCAAAUCACUCUUUGAUACAAAUAGGAAGAUUGACGGCAUUUUUACUUGCUGUUCUCCCUUAAACGACAGCCCAUCUAUUCUUGAUUGCAUCACCUCUCUGGUCUGAUGUGAUUAAUCGCAGUCGAGUUGGCUCAUCACUUUGCGGUCUGAUUGAUGUAUUGAUGAACUGUUUCUCCUGUGACUGUCAAUCAAGGUGCCAUACUCACCCUUCAGGUGCUUCAUCAUCGAAAUCUGAGCUGAAUCUUUUUUUUUCUUUACUCCGUUGAAAAACAUUUUUAUGAACGUUUUCAUUUCAACAUCUUAGGUGUUUUUAGGUUUUCACAUUUUGUUUUCCAAGUUUCUUACAUUAUAUAUUUUAUUCUUGUAUCACAAUGUAUACAUUGUCCUUUUAAACCAUGUAACUUAAUGAAAAAAGAAUCUAUUAAAACAAUACACAGUAA